GCAUUUUUUUCUCGGGAGACUUCUGGUCUUCUUUUCUUUUCGUGUCUUUUUUUACACUUUGCGCCCUUCGCAGCUGCAGACUCUCUCAGAGACAGAGACACCCCCAUUCGAUGCUUGCCGCCUAGCUGAAAACCUGUUCUGUUUUUUGCGUGCGGUCCUGACCUUCGCUUUUCUCCUUUUCUGACCUGUCUCUUCGUUUGUGCUGGGCCCCCACAUUUUUUUCUGGGUUUCUUCUGCGUUUUCACUUCCCUCUCUCCCUGAAGAAACUCUCGUCUGUCCUGUUGCGCCUUGUCCACUGUAGAUACACCUUCGCGGAUCCGUCUUCCUCGUUUCUCCGCGGUCUUUCCACGCGUUGUUCCCCUCUUUUUCGGCACCCGUAAAACCUCUCGCUGUCUCUCAUCUUCGAGGCGCUUGCGUGGCGGCGCUUUUCACCGGAGUUCUGCCAAGCUGUCGCGCGAGAGCUCCGCCGUCUGUGUCUCUGUUCCUUCGUCCACGCGACUCUCCCGCGCUGCGAUCUGGAUGCGUCGCGCCCGACCUCGAAAACAGUCAGGUCCCCCACACACCAGCGAGAUUCCUUUCUCCCCGUUUCCGACAGAGCCUCUGCUCUGUUUCUCGUUUGCGGGAGACUCGGAUUCUGCCCAGCAGGUCAAGAGUUUCGCACAUCAUCCCGCGCAGCCUCGGGAGCCGCGAGCAAGACCUGUCCCGCGCCACCCGUUUGUUUUCUCGCAUCCCUCUCUUUCUGCGUCGCCUUCUUCCUCUUCUUCCGCGUCUUCGACUUUGCUUCAGUCUCCUCACCAUGGCAGAAGCGGCGCCUGCGCGAGCGAGUCUCGCUGGAAAGGUUCCUGGGCCGCGGCCUCCCUCUCUCGCGGUGCAUCUGUACCUUUUUCUCUACAACUGCGUCGCGACGGCCGCCUGGAGCGUCGUCUUCUUUCUAUUCGCGCAGCAUGUUUGUCAAAGGGCGUCCUGGACCGACUUCGCCGUCCCCGCGCUCUACCGCUCUCUCGAGUUUCCUCUCCUCUUCGCUCAGAGCAUGCAAGUGAUGGAAGUCCUCCACGCAGCCGCUGGAAUCGUUCGCAGCGGCGUCAUGACGACCCUCACGCAGGUUUUCUCUCGUCUCCAGCUGGUGCUUUUUCUCUUUCGCGUUGUGCCCGUGACGCACGAGAACGCUGCCUUCUGCAGCCUGAUCGCUGCUUGGUGUCUCGCCGAGUUGCUGCGGUACCCUUUCUUCUGCGCACAAGAACUGCUCCUGUGCAUCCACCACAAAGAGGCGAAGAAAGCUUUCGGAGAUGACGCAGCGACGGCGAUCGUCAAAAGCAAGACCGAGGCCCCGAUGAUCCUCAGGUGGCUACGGUACUCUGGCUUCACAUUCCUUUAUCCGGUGGGGAUCACCAGUGAGGUGGUUUGCAUGCUGAGUGGACUGAGCACUCUGCAGCUCCCCAGCUUUACGCACUUCCCGGCCCCGAUGCCGAAUGCGUUGAACUUCGAGGUGAAUCUGCACGGCCUGUACGUCCUCCUUUUGCUCACCUACAUCCCCGGAAGCUUCCUGCUCUACUCUCACAUGCUGCGACAACGGAAAAAACACCUGUACGGCGCAGGCAGCGAAGAGAAGAAAACACAGUAAACAGUGGACGCGAAAAACUCAGCGAACGAACAUGGCAGGAAGGAGAACAGAGCGACCGAGAGAAGAAGAAGACUGAGAGUGAGUGAGAAGAAGACUGAGAGUGAGAGUGAGAGAGGCAGAGGGAGAGGGAAGGGUGAGGAAGAAGAAGGAGAGUGAGAAGGGACGCAAAACAGACAAGUUUGUGCACAACUGAAUAUGACGCUGGGAAAAGGCAACGAAGAAGCGACAGAUGCAAGGGUACAAGAAGGAAGAGCCAACGGACGAGGAAUCUUAGACAAAGAGACUCGGCCGUUGUCGGUGGAAAUUGCUGAGAACAAGCAACUGCAGGAGAGACACUGGAGGUCAAUCGCUCGCGUGUAUAUUUCGUUUUUUCUCUCGGACUUCCGUCUCCUUUUCUGGAUGUCUUCACAUUCUCGUCUUCUCCCCUUUUCUCGUCGUGUCUACUUUUUUCAUUGAACUCUGUGCGCCCUUGCCUCCUUGAGGAAGAAGCUGCAACGCCUACAAAAACACAAAAAG